UGUGGGUUUUGUUUGUUUGGUUUUGUUAUUUGAGGGUGUUUUCGUGUGGUUUCCUUUCUUCUUUGCUCUUGGUUUUAAAACUUAACGACUGAAUUUCCUCGUUUUCAGAUUUUGUUUCUGGUCUUAUGAUGAUACAGAGUACCGAUACAACUUUAUUUAAUUACGAAAUGAAUAGGGAGAUUUUUUUCCAGUCAAAAUACUUUCUUUGGUAACAUCAUUACUAAAUCGCUAUUAUACCCAAAGUCCAAUCUGUUUCGUUCCCCGCACUCGAUUACCGUAAUGUCUUGAACCCGUUACAUCAUUGUGCUUAACCCUUUGAUUCAUCUUACUUCCUCUUCGUCCUUUUUUUCACCCGUGUCUGAUACGUGCAUAACCACACUUUUACAUCAUUAGCCAUGCGCGGCUCUACUCACCGUAUCCAUAGAAACCUUGUUCCAUAGUUGUCUGCGUAUUCAUUUCUGCUCAUACGAUAUCAGUCUUCGCUGCUCGUGUUUGCCCCGUGUGUGAGCGUGUUUGCCAUAAGCAGAACAGCGCAGAGAGGACGAGUGCACUAAAUUAGAAGAGAUGCGAUCGUUUCGCAUUGGGAAAUCACGUGCAUGCUGCCAAGCGCAUGAGAACUGGAAUGAAGACUGAGGUGUGGAGGACUCUCUUCCCUCUGCUUCGAGGUAAGACGGUGUGGGUUUUGUCGUCUGAACAAACAUUAAACUCACGUCUGAUAUGAUGUCUUUUUAGCCUUUUCUGUGCUUCGGCUGUAUAAGAUCGUCCUCAAAGGUCGCCCAGGUAGCCAACAAAGAUGAAAGGUUGAAUACCAGAGACACUCAAAUCUUCAUGAGCGCACCGUUUUUGAUACAAGGAAUAAUACCGGUAGUUUGACAUUAUCUGGAUUCACCAGUCUGAUAGAUAACUCUACAAUAAACUGUAGGUUUCUCGGAUCUCCGAUUUGAGUUUGGGCACAAGUGAGCGCCCUUUGAUCACCGGUCGACACAAAACUGCCGCCAUUUUGAUACUGGCUUCCUGCCAUUAACUGCUGGGAUAUCAUCUUUACAGUUUACUGAGGAACGCUGAAUGGACGCCGCCAACACCUGGCCUAAUUGCCUACGGUGAAAGGGUCCAUUGUCAACGACAGCGCACCGUCGCGUUGUGACGCCCAAAGCGCGCAGCUAUUUGUUGUCGCUUUGCGACGAGGAAUUUUGAACAGGUGGUAUCAGCGUUGCUGCGACCCUGUUCAAUGAUCUCCAGCCAGUCCUUUUCAGUGGAAAAAUCCAUUGCUGUUAAUUGUUCCCCACACGACAUUUGGAAUUUCCAGCCAGGGAAAGAAGACGAAUCUUGACACAGUUCCAGUGUAGCCUCUUGCAAGUUUUAUCUUGGAAUUCUGUCAGCGCUGACAUGGUGUGAGGUUCAGAGAUUGGCCGAUAAGGCUGAGUGUAAGGACGGUGCUUCGGGGAGAAGAGAGGCCCCCCUCGGCACUCCAUCAUCUGAGCAGAUAAGACAACGUUGCAACCGUCCAAGCAGCUCGAGUUGUCUCAACUGGUUACAUGGGUGAUAAUUUGCAUUUCUCACUCUGUGGACAUUUUCAGGCGACGGGCUGCUUGGAUUGCAAAAAGACUAUUAACAAGGAGAGGCAGCAUCGCACCAAUAUGAGGUCCUCAAGGAGCACGACACCUCCGCACCCAAACCCAAACCCACCUCCUCCCUAUCCAGUGAGAGAUGGCACUGUUGCUGGUAGUUUCAAGCCCUCGAUGGGACAGACAAAUCUCGGGUUCACCCCGGACGUCCACCAGCCAGUUCCAACCGUGCCGGACGCCGACCGGGCCUCGUCCCUCAUCUCCGGCGUCAGUAGCAUCCCGCUGCAGCUGUUCAGCGAGGGCAACCGCCUGACGGCCAAGGAGCGGCAAUUUCUGGAGGCUGCCGAGCGCGGCGACAAGGCCACCGUGGAGCGCUGCGUUCUGCCCCCGAACUCGGUCAACGUCAAUGUGACCAACAUCCUUGGCCGCAGUGCCCUUCAGAUGGCGGUGGACAACGAGAAUGUGGAGAUCGUGGAGCUCCUCCUCAAGCAGGACAAGGUGGAGAUCGGGGACGCCCUGCUGUACGCCAUACGCGAGGGCGUGUACAAGAUGGUGGAAAUGAUGGUCAACCAUCCCAGCAUCACCCGCAACAUGCUCGGGGAGGGCUGGAGCAGCGCCCAUUUCAAAAAGGGCCAGGAGAGCUCGGAUUACUCUUACGACAUCUCGCCCGUCAUCCUGGCCGCCCACUGCAACCAGUUCGAGAUCCUGCAGCUGCUGCUGACCCGGGGCGCCACCAUCUCCAAGCCUCACCCUUGCAUCUGUAAGUGCGACACCUGUACAGAGAAGCAGCUGGAGGACAGCCUGCGCUACUCCCUGCAUCGGAUCAACACCUUUAAGGCUCUGGCCAGUCCGGCCUGGAUAUCUCUGACCAGCAGCGAUCCAAUCCUGACGGCCUUCAAGCUAAGUUGGGAGCUCCAGCACCUGGCUAUGCGGGAAAAUGAGUUCAAGGACAUGUACAUGCAGCUGAACGAGCAGACCAAGACCUUUAGCGUGGACCUGCUGGAGCAGUGCCGGAGCUCUGAGGAGGUGAACGCCGUGCUGAAUAAAGAGAGCGAGUCGGAUGACGAAAUCUUGGAUGACGACAUCAAUGGUGGACGACUUUCCUUAGCCAGACUUCGCCUUGCCCUUAAAUACGAACAGAAGCAGUUCGUGGCCCAUCCAAACACUCAGCAGGUAUUGUCGUCCAUCUGGUACGAGGGUUUACCGGGCUGGCGGGGCAGCAAUGUCCUCAUCAAAAUCCUGCUCUGCGUUGCCGUCCUGUUUAUGAUGCCUAUCGAUGCCUUGGCCUACUUGUUCUUUCCUAAGACGCGCUUGGGUCAGAUGAUGCGCUCUCCCUUUAUGAAGUUCAUGCACCACAGCUCCUCCUUCGUCAUUUUCCUGGCGUUGCUGGUGCUGCUAUCAGCUAAGGUGGCCGGGUCCAACGAGAGACGGGGCCGGCCGCCGGACGUCGUCGAGGCCCUCAUCUUCGUCUGGGUCAUAGGCAUGAUAUGGGGCGAAUGCAAACAGCUAUGGGAGGAAGGCCUAAAGGCUUACAUACGCCAAUGGUGGAACUGGCUGGAUUUCAUCAUGCUGACGCUGUACCUCUGUACCUUUAGCCUGCGUUUUACCGCCAUGGCCAGAGCCGCCACCCAUGAAGGCUACGGGGAUGUCAGUCGGGAAGAGUGGCCCUCCGAGGAUCCCAUGCUCAUCUCAGAAUGCCUGUUCGCCAUGGCUAACGUCUUCAGCUUCGCCCGCAUCAUCUACCUGUUCCAGGCCAACCCCUACCUGGGUCCGCUGCAGAUUUCGCUGGGCUGCAUGCUCAUCGACAUUGCAAAGUUCUUCUUAAUCUUCUUUCUGGUCUUACUGUCCUUCGCUUGCGGCAUGAACCAGUUGUACUGGUACUAUGGAAGUUCUACCGCUUCCUGCAAUGCCGUUAACAAGAACUGUACUGGUAAUGACUUCUCACAGAUGGACCAGGCCUUUCUGAGCCUACUGUGGGCGCUGUUUGGUCUGACGGGAAAAGACGCGGUGAAGCUAGAGAACUGGCCUCACCGCUCUGUGGAGACAGUCGGCGAGCUGCUACUGCUGUGCUACCACAUCAUCGCUAUCAUCGUCUUGUUGAACAUGCUCAUUGCCAUGAUGAGCAAUUCUUUCCAAACAAUCCAGGAUCACGCAGACAGGGAGUGGAAAUUUGCCCGCUCCAAGCUUUGGAUAAGCUACUUCGACGAGGGCUCCACGCUACCUCCUCCCUUCAACCUCAUCAUCAGUCCCAAGUCCAUCUAUUACUUUUUCUCUGGAGUGCGGAGACUACUCUGCGGGUACCGGAGGUCACUCGAGGCUAACUACAAGCCGCGGAAGAGGCAUUCCUUGGACGUCACACUGCGGGUCGGUGAUGGGAACCUCGGAGCUAAAGCGCAGACGGCCGAGACCCGCUACCAGGACGUGAUGAAACGGCUGGUCAGCCGCUACAUCCAAAUGACCAAAGCCAACCGGAAAGCCGACGGGGUCAAUGAGGAUGACCUGAACGAGAUCAAGCAGGAUAUCUCCAGUCUCAGGUAUGAGUUGCGUGAGGAUCGUAAACGUGAAGAGGCCCGUGAACACGCUAACAUGAAGAGCAUCAAGCAGGAGAUUAUCAACUUCGUGACCAAUACUAGCACUACCUUGCCGGCUGCGCAAACCCCGGCCUGCCCACCUCGUACUAGCAGCCGAGCCAGUACCGUAAGCCAGCGGGACAGUAGCGUGGACAGCGCCUCAACGCAUCGCCGUCAGCGCAGCGGCGAGCUGUUCGCCCCCACGCCGCAAUACCCGACCAGCCCCGUGCGCCUGACCGUGUUGGCCUCGCCGGGCAACGAGAACGGCUCACCCAGCGCGGCCCCCGUGGAAGCCCCCGCCUCCUCCGCCUCCAAGGCGGUGACAAGGAGUGACUUAGAAAGACUGAAGAUGGAGAUAGUAGACUCGCUGAAGGAUGAGUUGCAUUUCUGCAUCCAGGGUCUCAUGCUCAGCCAGACACCCCCGCCUCCAGUCCCGCCACCGCCGUCAUUGGUGGCGAACUCGGCCGAAGAGGUGCGAGAAGAUGACACCGAGAUGACUCGCGAUGCUCCCCCGUCAGGACAGUAUUUUACCUUCCCACCUGGUCUGCUAGGAGAGGACCAUACCCGGCAUGGAUACACCCNUCUCUAAAAUCAGCAUGCUCUGCUCAGUAGUAAAGAGUUGUUGACAGAAAUAGCUUGAUUUCCAUGCAAAGACACGCAGGCUUAUAUGUAUAUUAAAUCAUGAAUGGUCUUUUUUCAAUUUGCUUGGGCUGAUUUGCCAAAUUGUUGGCCCCUACAAGUUAAACCAGCAGCAAGAGGUUUAUAAUAAUUUACAGUCCCAGGUUACUAAUUAUAACCAUUAUUCCUAUGAUUGGUCAGAUUCGUCAUACUUAAAACAUAUUUAUUAUUAAAUGACUAAAAAGGUUUUCUCUUUUGGUUAUUAUGACAAUUUUGAAAAAUAGAUUUCUAUUUCAAAAUCAAAUGUGUUUAGUGGCUGUUAAUGGGUAAGUAUAUUUUUUGGAUUACUCCUUUUUGUGGUUUUGGAAGGUAAUACAAUACUGAUAUUGUUGUUCCUCUUGAAAUCUUUUACCAUUAUUAAUUGUUCAAAACCGUUUGAAUUUACUGAAGUUACUACAUUAGAUUUCUAUUACUAUAAAACAUAAUGAAGACAGAAAUUACCAUUUCCCUAUUGGGGCCAAAUUCAUUGCAGAAAUUUGUCAGCAAAUACACGUGUUUGCGUUUUAAUAUGUGACAACAUUGUAAUUGAAUAGUGUUGAGGCUGUUGUCACAAAAAGAAGAUAUGUCUUUUUUAACUCAAGUUUUCAUGUCGCCAUUUUGAUUGGACCUGAGAAGAGCAUGUAUCAGGUGGUGAAUAAAACUCUUAAUUCCAAUGACUUUAGGUUGGAAUGGAAGAACUCUUACAGAAGAGUCCUGGCGAUUGGCAAGUUUCGCGAAGGAAUCGUGUCGCUAAAAAAAAGGAUCGCAGAGGCGGGUAAGUUUGGUCCCGAACUAUAUAUAGCUCGACCAUUAGUGAAUGCUUGUUACAUAAUGUGAAGAUUAAUAAAGUCAUACUGGAACCUAGGUGUACCGGUACUAAGCUAUGGUACUAAAUCUCGUCGUCACAUUUUGCCGUCUGCUGCACCACUCGCAGUGGUCAUGGUCAGUGACUUCUCUUACAAUUAUUUUCACGCGAAUGGUUUCUUCCGUUGAUAACCAGCGAUGCGACUAAGACCGGGGUCUGGUUAUAAAAUAGUCGAUUAUAGAUGGUUUAAAAUCCAUUGUCUGGGCAAUAUUGGUCAAACUACCGUUAACUAAAAUUUGUCGCUCGAAUUUGCCCAGCUAUUAAAACUCUUGUCAACUUUUAGCUCAUUUUUUAGAACUGUUUACAAAAUAAUCCACCCGUGAUUGGAACCAAAUUAGAUUAGUAAGUGUAGGCCUACACAUUGCAUCAACGUUUUUCUAACGUGCAUUUUUAUAACUGCCACUGUUGCCGCACUUUUGUAGAAGUAAUCGCUACCGUCAUUCUCCUAGGCCUGAAAUGUCUGCCACAUUAAAUUGACGAUCACAUCAGCCUGAUUAACAGCAGAUAGUUUGACAAUGA